UGCGCGGCGGGAGGGAGGACGAGUCCUCGGCUUUGACGGGUUCGAGAGACACUGCUCAGCAGCAGUGAGAUCUUCACCUGUGACUGGUUAAUGUGAGGGUCCUACAGUCAAGUACGGUUUUCCCAUUGCUUUCUGGAAAUAGCAUUGCACUGCACGUAUCUUCUUCCUUGCUGCUGCAGCCUUCCGCUGUGCCUCCCGUGGAGCAUUACAGACCAACAAUCCGGAAAGCGGCAUAUUGCAGGAUCUGACCGCUGAGUCGCUGAGUUUGGUGCUGGCACUUAAGAACUAGGACAGUCGUCACCAACCUGAAGCCCUCCAGGAGCAGAAUGAGUACCUCUAAGAGCUCUCCCAAGAUCGACGAGGAGCUGUACUCUCGCCAACUCUACACGCUGGACCAUAAGGCCAUGCAGAAGAUGUCCAUGGCAGACGUGCUGGUCUCUGGAAUGAAAGGGCUGGGGGUGGAGAUUGCCAAGAAUAUUAUUCUUGCAGGAGUGAACUCUGUCACGCUCCAUGACCAGGACAAUGUGAAGUGGAGUGACCUCUCCUCACAGUUCUACCUAUCAGAGAAUGUUGUGGGGAAAAACCGAGCAGAGGUCUCCAGGCAUCACCUUGCCAAUUUAAACAGCAAUGUGUCUGUGAAAGUGGCUGUUGAGGAGCUGACAGAAAGCUUCUUGUCUUCUUUUAAGGUUGUGGUCCUGACCAACUCAACUUUGGAGGAGCAGCUGAAUGUCAAUGAUUUCUGCCAUGCCAACAACAUUUGCUUUGUCCUUGCUGACACAAAAGGCCUGGCUGCGCAGCUUUUCUGUGACUUUGGAGAACGCUUCAUAGUAUGUGACCCUUCGGAGGCUGAACCAUUCUCUGCUGAAAUUCAGCACAUCACCCAGGGUAACCCCGGCAUAUUAACAGUGGCCCGUGAUGAUGAGCGAGAGUUUGGCAACUACUUUAUGGAUGGCGACUAUGUAACUUUCUCACAAGUGAAGGGGAUGACAGAACUAAAUGGUGCUGAGCCUCGCCCAAUCCAAACGAAAGAUGGAUUCACCUUGGAAAUUGGAGACACGUCUUCCUUUUCUCCCUACCAGUCUGGUGGAAUCGUCACCCAAGUCAAGAUGCCUCAGAAAUACUCCUUUAAGUCCCUGUGUGCCUCCUUGGGUGAUCCAAAGAUCCAGACCUCAGCUCGGAGCCUCCUGCCUCGUUAUUACACUCUCCAUGCAGCUUUCCGGGCACUGAAUAUCUUCCAGAAUGUGAUGCAAAGAUUUCCUAGGCCCAGGAAUGAGAAUGAUCUGGACAGGAUGGUGAGGCUGGCAGAGAUCCUGCGUGUGAGUGAGGAGCCGCUGCAAGAGGAUCUGGUCCGAACAUUUGUAUCUUCAUGUACUGGUGACCUAAGCCCUGUCAACGCCUUCAUUGGAGGCCUGGCUGCUCAAGAGGUGCUGAAGGCUGCUUCACAGAAGUUCACUCCGCUGAACCAAUGGCUGUAUUUUGAUGCCUUUGAAUGCCUGCCACAAGAGGAGCAGCUAACAGCCGAAGACUGUGCUCCGCGUAACAGCCGCUAUGAUGGGCAGAUUGCUGUUUUUGGAGCCAACUUCCAGGAACAGCUUGGAAAACAGAAAUACUUUGUGGUGGGAGCUGGUGCCAUUGGCUGCGAGCUCUUGAAAAAUUUUGCCAUGAUUGGCUUGGCUGCUGGCCAGGGUGGAAGCAUCACUGUGACAGACAUGGACACCAUUGCAAGAUCCAAUCUCAACAGGCAGUUCCUCUUCCAGGAGCGGCAUGUGUCUAAGCUGAAGUCAGAAGUGGCAGCUGCUGCCAUAAAGGGCAUGAACCCCAAUCUCAAUGUGAUAGCUGAGCAGAACCAGGUUGGGCCUGAGACAGAGCACAUCUAUGGGGAUGACUUCUUCCUUGGCUUGGAUGGUGUCGUCAGUGCUGUAGACAACUGGCAAGCUAGAAACUAUAUUGGCAAAAGAUGCAUGCAGUUUCACAAACCUCUGCUUGAUUCUGGAACAAAUGGCACCAAGGGGCAUGUCGAGGUCCUUAUUCCCCAUCUGACACAGCCCUACAGCAAAGUUUUAGACAUAGAUGAGAGAGAGUACCCUCAUUGCACCCUUCGCUAUUUCCCCAGCACCAUCCAGCACACGAUACAGUGGGCCAGAGAUCAGUUUGAAGGUCUUUUCAAGACAGCGGCUGAGAAUGUCAACAAAUUCCUGAAUGAUCCCAGCUUCCUAGAGAACAAAAAGGUGGAAGGUUUGGAGAUCAUGGAACAAGUGAAAAUCAGACUUCAGGAGAAGCCACAGAACGAGCGAGAUUGUGUGAUAUGGGCCCGGAAUCUUUGGGAGCGCCUCUUCUCCCAUGAUAUCCAGCAGCUGCUGCACAACUUACCACUUGAUUAUGAGACAAGCUCUGGACAUCCCUUUUGGUCAAAGCCCAAGCGAUGCCCACACCAGCUGGAUUUUGACUACAACAAUACUACCCACUUGACCUUCAUUCGUACUGCCAGUAUCCUCUUUGGCCAAACGUACAAAUUUCACAUGAAGGAGGACGAAGCUGCUGCCAUCCAAAUCCUCUGUGAUAUGCACCUGCCAUCCUUCCAGCCACAUCAAGGAGUGUUUAUCCCCGUCACUGACGAGGAGAUGCAGAAGCAUUCUGGGGGCUCUGUGAAAGAUCAGAUGAGGCUGGCCAAGCUGAAGCAGGAAUUGGCAGAACUAAAGCAAAAGCUGGAAAAAGAUGGUGCCUGCAUAUCUAGUCUGAUGGAGCCCGUUCACUUUGAAAAGGUGAAUACAUGCCAAUAUGUUUCUCUCUUGCUUUGUGUUUCCUUACACUGGAGUGUUCCAAAGAAGGAAGAAAGUGACCUUUCCCGGAGGCAGGAUUCUGCCAUUCCAACCAUGACCUCCCUGUUGGCAGCUCUGCCAAGACUUCUUAAUCCUGGAUCAUUUCAAAUGAUUCACAGACAUAUUUCCCCACUGCUCCAAGAGUUAAUUGAAGCACAGAAGUAUGGCCAGAGGAAAUGGAGCUGCUGGGACAGGAUUGAGGUGCCAAGUUUGGAUGCCAGAGGAGAGAUCAUCACCUUGAGGGACCUCUGUGAUCAUAUCCAGAGGGAGCACUGUCUGGUUCCACGGAUGCUAUUCUAUGGGACAGCUACUCUCUAUGAUGGAUCUGCAAAAGAAGAGUUACGAGAAAAGCAGCUUUCUUCCAGGCUGACAAACCAGAUUCGCCAGACCAUGGAAGAGGGGCGCCGGUUCUUAGUGUUGACAAUGGUCUGUGAAGAUGAAGAUGAAGAGGAUUAUAUACCACCUGUUCAUGUCUGGAUCCAACCAAUGACACAUGAAAAUGGUGUGUGUCAUUUGUGUGUGUCUUCGUACCCAUGUUUGUGAAAGGCAGAAAUGUAUAAAAUGGAUUAUGAUAAGCAUAAGCCAGAUCCACACUAACUGUAACAGCCCAACUCCAUUCAAAUCAGGAACUUACUCCUUGCUUCAUUUAAGAAAAGAAUGCUCACACACUGGGCUGUUUACACAGUUAUUGGUGGUUUAUUUAAGCCAUGAUGUAUGCCAGGCAGCGUUUGCCUAAUUAUCCCUCCUGAUGUGGCUUGUUAUGCCAUUGAAACCCAGGCAGCAUAUUGGUGGAGAAAUAACCUUCAAAUAACCCAUGGGCUUUUGUUGGGGUUUUUUUGGGGGGGGGGCGGUUCCUUUCUAGCAAGCCAGGUUGCCCAGGUUGGGAUGGCACAGCAAACCACACCAGACUGAGUGAUGGCACUUGAAAUGUGCUGCAGUUUAAACAAACCAUCAUGGCUUGCUUAAUCCAUGGUAAUCAUGCAAACCAGCCCAUUGUGACAAAGUGCUACACAAAAUUGCAGAGUCGGAAGAGUCCUUGGAGAUCAUCUAGUCCAACUUCCUGGUCAGUGAAGGAUUAGCAAUGCUGGAUGCAACUACAGCCAGUCUUACAAAUGGCCACCCAGCCUCUGGCUUCAGUACUCAGUGAAGAAGAGCCCAUCAGCUCUUGAGACAUGUGUUCCACUGUCAAGGUGUUUCUACCUUCAAGAAGUUUCUCAAGUUUAAUUAACUUCCACCCACCAGUUUUAAUUGUCAUUCCUUCACACACAACAGAGAACAUGUUUGCACCAUCUUCUGCAUGACAGCCCUCCUAUCUUUGAAGACAGUUACCACAUGACAGUUCCCCUUGUUUCUUCUCCAGGCUAAACAUACCCAUUCCUCAGAGGAUCUGCUGCAUCCUGAUUGUAAUAAACAUAUUGGUUUGCUCCUA